AUGUCCCAACACUUUCAGGCAUCGGUAGGUGGAGAGCCACUUCCAGAAUUUGAUACUUCAUUGCGAUCUCGUGCUGCAUCAGUAGAAGGUGAUGAUGAUGAUGAAGAAGACAAGAUUGAGGACAAUGAUGGUGAAGAUGGAGACACGCAAUCUGAAAAAAUGUCGAGACAAUUGUGGUCGCACGCUGAAGAAGAAGUCCUGGUAAAAUCAUGGCUGCUGGUUAGUACAGAUAAAUAUGUUGGUACGAACCAAAAGAGAAAUACGUUUUGGGGUAGAGUUACUGAUACAUUUGACCAAGUUAGACGUUAUAGAAACAGAUGUUGGGAAGAAAGGGUUCAAGGGAUUAGGGAGUCUGAUUUAUUAAAGGAGAGAGAAAUGGAGCCCCUUAGAAGUCGUUGGAAGAGGAUUGAUGCAAGUGUUUCACAGUUUGUUGGAGCAUAUGCUCAUGCUGAGGCAAGGAGAACAAGCGGUCAAUCUGAUGAUGAUGUUAUGAAGACUGCAUUUUCCAUAUACAAGAGUGACUCGAAGAGACAUGCCGAGUUUCAAGACAAGCAUUGUUGGGAAAUUCUAAAGGGGCAGACCAAUGGAAGCCUGUAG